AGGCAGCGGAGAACGGGCCGCCGUCGCUGGCUCGGUUUCGGGCGGGGCCGCGGGGCUCCUGGCUGCCACCGCCGGGCCCGUUCGCUUCUCACUGCGACCCCCGGCUCCUGACCCCAGUAGCGGCUCGUCUGUGGCGAGAGAGCGGGGGCCGGCCCGGCCCUGGCCUGACCUGCGAGGUGACCUUGGUCGAGUCCCCUGCCGCGUGGAGCCCGUGUGGCGCGGGCCUGUCAGAGACCCAGUUCUCCAGCGGCCGGGGACACAGACCUAGAGCGGCCCCCCACAGGCUGCCCCGUGGCAGGGGAAGCGCCGGGCCGCCUGGGGAGUGGGGAGCGGGGGAGCUCGGUGGGGGCGGGGGAGAUGCCCCUGCAUGUGAAAUGGCCGUUCCCCGCUGUGCCGCCGUUCACCUGGACUCUGGCCAGCAGCGUCGUCAUGGGCCUGGUGGGCACCUACAGCUGCUUCUGGACCAAGUACAUGAACCACCUCACCGUCCACAACAAAGAGGUGCUGUACGAGCUCAUCGAGAACCGAGGCCCAGCCACGCCCCUCAUCACUGUCUCCAAUCACCAGUCCUGCAUGGAUGACCCUCACCUCUGGGGGAUCCUGAAACUCCGCCACAUCUGGAACCUGAAGUUGAUGCGUUGGACCCCUGCGGCCGCAGACAUCUGCUUCACCAGAGAGCUGCACUCCCGCUUCUUCAGCUUGGGCAAGUGUGUGCCCGUGUGCCGAGGAGAUGGCGUCUACCAGAAGGGAAUGGACUUCAUUCUGGAUAAGCUCAACCACGGGGACUGGGUGCACAUCUUCCCAGAAGGGAAGGUGAAUAUGAGCUCCGAGUUCCUGCGCUUUAAGUGGGGAAUCGGACGCCUGAUUGCCGAGUGUCAUCUCAACCCCGUCAUCCUGCCACUGUGGCAUGUCGGAAUGAACGAUGUCCUCCCUAACAGCCCACCCUACUUCCCCCGCUUUGGACAGAAAAUCACGGUGCUGAUCGGGAAGCCCUUCAGUGCUCUGCCUGUGCUCGAACGGCUCCGGGCCGAGAACAAGUCGGCUGUGGAGAUGCGCAAAGCUCUGACCGACUUCAUUCAGGAAGAAUUUCAGCACCUGAAGAGCCAGGCGGAGCAGCUGCACCAGCACCUGCAGCCCGGGAGGUAGACGUCAGCCUGCCACAAGCCUGCCAGCUCCUGUCCCCCGCCUGCUCCCUCUGGCCCCCAGGCCCGGGAAAGAGGCAGCUCCGACCUGGGACCCAGCUGCCUGCUCUCGGUGCUGCCUUUGGGUCCUUGCACGGCACAGAGCUCACCUGGGGGACAGACUGGUGUUUUGAGGUCACAUACAUUUUUCAGACAGAUGUGUGCAGAAGCCCUGGCAGGUGUCCUGCCCUCAUCAGCGAGCAUCCCUCCCCCCCCCUGCUCCGAGCUGCUUCAGUGGAAG